GGGGCCAUUGGAGGCUGGGAGCCGGCGCUGUGGGGUUGUGGUGGCCCAAGUGGCCGGGGCCUCCAGGUCGACGCCUGCGGCUGUAGCGGCCGAGGCCAGGGACCCGUCGCGGGAGAGGGAGGGCCGGCUGCCGUCGGACGGAGCUCCUGACCAGGGAAGAAGAGGAGAGAGUCAUCUUCUGCAGGGAAUGGAGCGUGGCGUCGGGAUGCCCCUACCCGAGCCCCGCAAGCCGGAGGCCAAGGGAGUGAAGGCCGGCCAGGCGCCCGCUGCGGGGCGGGUCACCAGCGUGAUCCUGGCCGUCCCCAAGAGUCUCCCAGCCCCCAACCAGGGUGGAGACGGGGUGGGCUCUAAGCCCACCGAUCCGCCCCGUGCUGUGUCCUUGGAGCCGUCUGUGCCCCCCACCCUCGCCAGCACCUCCCCCACCCCGCCAGCCAAGGAGCAGGUGCGGCCUGUCCCGAGGAAACGCAGCAGAGUGGACGCAGCUGCCCCCCAGCCCCUGGAGUUCCUGAGGACGCCGUUUGGAGGCCGCCUCCUGGUGUACAAGGGCUUCUUGUACAAGCAGGAGAAGGCGGUGGGCGACAAGGUGUACUGGAAGUGUCGCCGGCACGCGGAGCUGGGCUGCCGGGGCCGGGCUGUCUCGCGCGGCCUGCGGGCCACCGUCAUGCGGGAUCACUGCCACCCGCCCGACGAGGAGGGCCCAGAGGCCGGGUGUGAGAAGGAGACACUGCCUGGUCCCGGCCUGCCGGAGGGCUUGGGCGAGCCCCCCGGUCCAGAGGGCACUGAAGGCCAAGAGGAGGAGGCACUGGACGGCGUGACGCUGUGGCCACUGCUGGAGGAGCCGGACCCCAUCCUCCAGCAGCUGGCCCUGGAGGAGGAGGAGCGAGCCCUGGCCCUUUCGCUGCUCAGGCUGCCUCUCAAGAAGCGCAAGCGGAGGCCCGGGCAGGGUCGGUCCCUGGAGUUCCUGAAGACCUGCUAUGGGGGCCGCUUCCUGGUGUACCGCUCCUUCCUCUACAAGCGGGAGAAGGUGGUGGGGGACAAGGUGUACUGGACGUGCCGCGACCACGCGCUGUAUGGCUGCCGCAGCCGCGCCAUCACGCAGGGCCAGCGCGUGACCAUGAUGCGCCGGCACUGCCACCCGCCCGACAUGGAGGGGCUGGAGGCCCGGCGGCAGCAGGAGAAGGCCACGGAGGAGACCACGGCGGACGAGUACGAGUUCGUGGGCCAUAGCCUAACGUGCGCUGUGGACAGUCUGCUCUCCCGCAGAGAGACGGGCGCGCUGCCCGCCCCCCGACCCCAGGGCCGAAAGCGAGCCAAGGCCCAGGAUCAGGAGCCCCCUGCCCAGCCCGAAGCCCCCCAGGGGCCCUCUGACGAGGACCCGGGAGGCCCCGAGUUCCUGAGGACGCCCCUGGGGGGCAGCUUCCUGGUGCACGAGUCCUUCCUGUACCGGCGGGAGAAGGCGGCGGGGGACAAGGUGUACUGGACGUGCCGCGACCAGGCGCGCAUGGGCUGCCGCAGCCGCGCCAUCACGCAGGGCCAGCGCGUGAUGGUGAUGCGCCGGCACUGCCACCCGCCCGACAUGGGCGGCCUGGAGGCCCUGCGGCAGCGGGAGCACUUCCCCAACCUGUCCCAGUGGGAAGGCCCAGAGCCCCUGCAGCCCCUGGAGUUCCUGAGGACGUCCCUCGGGGGCAAGUUCCUGGUGCACGAGUGCUUCCUCUACAGGAAGGAGAAGGCCGCUGGCGAGAAGGUGUACUGGAUGUGCCGGGACCAGGCCCGGCUGGGCUGCCGCAGCCGCGCCAUCACACAGGGCCGGCGCGUGAUGGUGAUGCGGGGCCACUGCCACCCGCCCGACCUGGAGGGUCUCGAGGCCCUGCGGCAGCGGGAGCGGCAGCCUGGCGCUGCCCAGCAGUGAGCCCAGGAACGCGGACGACACGCGCCCGGCCGGGGCUCCCCGUGCACGCGGCCAUUUCCCAGCCGCUUCCAGUCGCUUGGCCGAAGUCCCC